AUGGUCGCCACAGUAACACUUGCCUCAGGUUACCAAAAACCCCUGGUCGGCUUUGGAUUAUGGAAGGUUCCUUCAGAAAAAGCCGCCGAUAUUGUCUACCAGGCUAUCAAGGUCGGGUAUCGACUGUUCGAUGGGGCGUAUGAUUAUCAGAACGAAAAAGAGGCAGGCGAGGGCAUUAAACGAGCAAUAGCAGAGGGUAUCGUUAAGCGCGAAGAUAUUUUCGUGACUACGAAGCUAUGGAAUAACUACCAUCGAAGAGACCACGCCCUACAAAUGGCCAAGGUGCAAAACGAUGCGUGGGGUCUUGGCUACAUUGACCUUUAUCUUAUUCAUUUUCCUGUGGCUCUCGAAUUUGUGGACCCGGAGACAAUUAGAUAUCCGGCUUGGUGGAUGGAUAAAGAUCACAAAAUUAUCAAAACCUCGAAAAUCCCAAUUCAUGAGACAUGGGGUGCUCUCGAAGAGGCGGUUGAUGCAGGUAUCGCUAGAUCAAUCGGUAUCUCCAACGCUCAAGCCCAGACACUGUACGACAUCCUGACGUAUGCACGCCAUCCUGUUUCGUCACUUCAAAUCGAACAUCAUCCAUAUCUGGUCCAGACUGAGCUCAUAAAAAUGGCGCAGGAGAACAAGAUAGUAGUCACAGCGUAUUCCACCUUCGGCCCUCAGAGCUUUUUGGAGCUACCUCCCGCAUUCCGCGAACGAGCAAACGACAUACCGCUCUUGUUCGAAGUCGCCGCUGUGAGAGCUGCUGCUAACAGAGUUGGGAAAACUCCUGCUCAGGUUUUGCUGAGAUGGGCAACUCAAAGAGGAAUCGCGGUUAUCCCAAAAUCAAACAAUCCGGAUAGACUCAAGCAGAAUCUUCAAGUGAUGGACUUCGCCUUAACAGACGACGAACUGAAAGCGAUAUCUGCACUCGACAAGGGCUUGCGGUUCAACGACCCUGGUACCUAUUUGCAAGACCCUCUCAGGAUAUUUGCGUAG